AUGUCGGGAGCUGCUUCUGCAACGACGCCUCCACUGGCCGCCCAAGUCCAGGCGCUUCUGCAGGCGCCGGAGCUGCGCUACGACCCCUCUUCGCUCACGCUGCUUUGUCAGUACACCGAAGAGCAGGUGGCGAAGAACACGUACGACCAAGAAGCGUGUCUUGCUGUGCUCAAGCUGUAUCUGCUUUAUCCGCAGUGCUUCUCUGUGGACCUCGCGCGGAAGAUUCUCGUCAAGGGGAUCAUGAAUCUCCCGAACGAAGACUGCGCUGUCUUCGUUGGCAUGCUGCAGCAGCAACCUGGAAAGAAAGACUGGAAAAAAGUUCAGGAGGCCAUUCACCUCUGGGAACUGCUCGAGAAAUGUCGCUUCAAGCAGGUUUGGGAGUUUUUGAAGGAGCCUGCGAUGGCGGACGUAGUCUCGACGCCGGGUCUGGUGGACUCGAUUCGCCGGUUUGUGUGCGACGUCGUGUCGCUGACGUACUCUGCACUUUCCCUCGCAGACUUGUGCGCCUUUCUGAACGUCGUUCCUGGGACGAGUGAAGCUGAGCGCCUGCUGAAGAAUCUCGGUUGGACUGUGGAGGAGGUCUUCGUCCCUGCAAAGGAGGCGGCACGCUCGCGGGAGACUGUGAAAGUCGUCCGAGUCGUCGGCUCUGCGUCGCUCGCGGCCGCAGCUCUGAAGGAGGGUGAAGAACGCAACAGAAACAGAGACGGGAAGCCAGGCGCUGCCGGACAAGCUCUCGCAGUCCGAAAAACGGUCGAGAAAUACAUGAUGCCCGAAAACCUCAAGGUCUGCAUGGCGACGCUCCUCAAAUAA